AUGAGCCGCGCAGAAGAUUCAACUCUCAAUAAAGCCGUGUCAGACCUUGAGAGCGCCAAAAUGGCCACCGAUACCGCGAGCACAGACGAAGGGGACAUUCUGGAGCCCCUUCUCUUCCUUUUAGCUGCCCGGCGUGGCGUUCACCAAGAUCCUUCUUUCGCCAGCACUCAUGUUCCCGAUGAUCGGACGAUCACCUUUAAAGGCCCGUCCGGGGUUGAGCCGGCUGUGGAUCGAUCGUCGCGGUGGAGUCGGUUUGUCCGCCACAUGGGCUAUCUUCCGACCAGUUCUCGGAUUGGAUUCACUUUGAUGACCUUCUACUUGGUUGGGUCCUGCGCUACGCAUUUCACGAAGCCCAGCAAAAAGGGAUCAGAACAGGCAAAGAGAGACGUGCUCUACGGAAUGAAACUGGGACUCUGUGUCGCAGCACUCGUCCUGGCCCUCCUCAUCGCUGCUGGACGCGCCGCACGAAAGCAAACGAUCGCCGCCAUCCCGCCCGAAUUCAACCUGGCGUCUUACCAAUAUCGCCUGCUGAACGCGAUGCGCCAACGGGGAAUCCACUACCGGGAGAUUCAAGUCAUCAGUCUGGAGAAGAAGAUGAAGUAUUGGAGGAAAGAUCCGGGUUUGCGUGAAUGUUUCACUAUCAAGGGAGUUGUGGAUCCGGGGAGUGCGGGCGGGGCUGUUUAUGAUGUUGUUGUGAACUUUUGGAACGAUGGGCGGCUUAAUUUGCGGUUUUGGCCGACGGAGGAGAAUGGCGCGGAGGAUGGUUUGGCUGGGAAGGCCGAGUUGAUACUGGAGAUUGUGGAUAGGUGUAACGCUUAG